UCAUGAUUCAUCGUUCUCAGACACGCAAACGGCAAGCAGUUUCUUUCAACAAUUUCCAAAGAGCAAAAAAAAGAAGAGAGAACAUAUCCAGAUUCCAGAGGAGGAGGAAGAAGAAGAAGAAGAUCGAUCAUGACGGGGCACAACGCGAUCGAGGUGGCGAAGACGGUGUUGGAGGUUGCUGACGUGGCGUGGACCGCCGUGGAGUGUUGCCACCACCACCCCCAUCAUAGCCACGGCGACGACGAGAAGAGCGGCGAGUCAACGGCCGAGAUCGCCGACCCUCGAGGAUUGGAGCUGGAGGCUCUCCGGUCGGAGAAUCGUCGUCUCAGGUGCUUGCUUGAGUCCAAUCUGAAGCUCUUUGAGAAUCUUGCAGAGACUGCCGUGUUAUUGCACGAGUGCCCUAGCGACCUAUUUGCACGGCUUAUAUCGAUGGUAACGUCUAAGGAUUUCUCGGCUCGGAUAGAACAUAUGAGGCAGGCUUUGGCUGAAGGAACCCAAAACCAGUUCCCAUUCAAAGAGCCCACAGAAGGUGAUAUGCAGACUGUUGAAGUUCUGAUAGAUAUCGAUCAUCAAGAGCCAAGUUGGUGGGUUUUGGUCACUGAUGACAUGAUCCCCAGCAACGUGGAGGAAAAAAGCGCGAUCGAUAAUGAACAUUACAUUGUUGUAACUGAGGAGCAUGUGGUGGAAGCAGUUGCCCACUUUUUGGCUAAAUGCAUUCUAUCAAAUCCCAAAGCUAAGUUUCUUAAGCCUGAAGAGCUACAAAAGGUUCUGGUCAAAGAACUCAGUACCCUGAGCAAGGUAGGGAAAAUAGUGGAUGUUUGGCAUGCAGGAAAGAUGUUCUACACACUCUCGACUUGGGGGCUGGCUUGUGCUGGGUUAUACCAAGCUCGUGGUGUGUUGAAGAUAGCAGCUAAGGGUGCUCAUGCCACCGGCAAGGUUGUUCUUAAGGCUCUCUGAAGCGCGAGAGACCUCACAAUUUCAUGGCUGAAAGGAGAUCUGAACUUACCUUCCUAAGUUUGUGAUGUGUGUGGAAGUGACUACAAAAAUGUCUUAUUCUUUAUCAUCAACUCUGCCUGUGUAAAUAUUGUAAAGAUCGAUCAAACUCUGUCGAUCAAUUUCAUUUGUUGAUUUUCCAGCCCACCUUUGUUCCAAAACUUUCAAGAAACACAUUGUCUAUUUGUAAAAUUGUACAGUCAAGUCAAGUGUGACAUAAUGAAUGGAAAAGUUGCAUA